CUGACUUUUCAAUGUCAGUAACGUCAAAAUUUCAUAACCUUACAGUAUUCACAACUAAAUAAUGGAAUUAAAUUAUAAAAUACAAACUUACGCGUGGGGUAAAAAGGGCAGGGGGAGUAAAGUGGCGAAUUUGCACUCAAAUGUGAACAAAAAUUUCAAAAUUGAUGACAAUUCACCGUACGCCGAACUUUGGUUAGGGACCCAUGUUAAUGGCCCUUCGAGUUUAAAAAACGGGGAACCCCUGGCGAAUUUAAUAGCAAAACGUCCGGAUUACUUGGGCGCUAACGUCCGCAAGGUAUUCGGUGAUCAGUUGCCGUUUUUGUUUAAAGUUUUGUCGGUGAAUCAGGCCUUGUCCGUGCAGGCACAUCCGUCUAAGAAACAUGCCGAAGAGUUACACAAACAACAUCCUGACAUAUACAAGGACCCCAAUCACAAGCCUGAAAUGGCCAUCGCGUUGACACCUUUUGAAGCACUGUGCGGGUUUAGGCCAUUGCCAGAAAUUGCAUUUUUUCUUAAAAACAUCCCGGAAUUGAAAACUGCAACAGGCGAUGUUGCAGACAAACAUAAACACGACAGCGAUUUGUUAAAAGAUGCAUUUAAAACUAUUUUUCUAACAGAAAAAAAUACAAUCAGCGAGCAACUAAAAAAAUUAAUACACCGGCUUAAGACUUUGGAUGAAAAAGAAAGGGAAAAAUUGCAAGCAAGUCUGAUUGAGCGGCUUUAUGCGCAAUACCCUGGCGAUGUGGGUUGUUUCAUGGUGUACUUCCUCAACUACUUGAAGCUAAAACCUGGCGAAGCUAUAUUUUUGGGGCCUAAUUUACCUCACGCUUACAUUCAAGGAGAUUGCAUUGAAUGCAUGGCGUGUUCGGACAACGUAGUCCGUGCUGGACUUACCCCGAAAUUAAUUGAUUUUAAAACUUUGUGUGAUAUGGUUAUUUACGAGGGUGAGAAACCAGAAAAGAAACUCUUCAAACCAGAAAUUGGAGACUCCUGUACUCUAAUUUUUAAGCCCCCGGUACCCGAUUUCGCAGUGAUUCAAAUAAAGGUCCCUGCCAAUAUGAAAAAUCAUGUAAUCAAAAAAACGACUUCCGCCAGUAUUUUGAUUGUGAUUGAGGGCAAAGCCAGGUCAAAUGAUACCGAUUUAGUGCCUGGAAGCGCCUUGUUCUUGCCCGCGGAUCAAGAACUAAAAAUUGAGAACAUUACCGAAGACUUGCUGAUUUAUCAAGCACUUGCAAAUGUGUAAAUUUUGUAUUUUUAUAUUGGUGUAGGUUUUAUAAACGGGAAUAAAGCAAUAUUUUUAAAGUAAAAAAA